GCCAGGUUAAAAACCUCAGCACCAUGUACUCUUUGCAAACCUGCCUGUUGACCAAAGCCCUAGAGCUAGAAACUUCUCUCACAGAUAGCCAGCAUGUCAGCUGUGGUCCUAGAGAACCGGAGCUUGGGCAGAAAAUUCUCUGACUUUGGACAGGAAACAAGCUACAUUGAAGACAAUUCUAAUCAAGAUGGUGCCAUUUCACUAAUCUUCUCACUCAAAGAAGAAGUUGGUGCACUGGCUAAAGUCCUGCGCUUAUUUGAGGAGAAUGAUAUAAAUCUGACCCACAUUGAAUCCAGACCUUCACGUUUGAAAAAAGAUGAGUAUGAAUUUUUCACUUACCUGGACAAGCGCAGCAUACCUGCCCUGGCGAACAUCAUCAAGAUCUUGAGGCAUGACAUUGGCGCUACUGUUCAUGAGCUUUCCCGAGAUAAAGAGAAAGACACAGUGCCCUGGUUCCCAAGAAGCAUUCAAGAGCUCGACAGAUUUGCCAAUCAGAUUCUCAGCUAUGGGGCGGAACUGGAUGCAGACCACCCGGGUUUUAAAGAUCCUGUGUACAGAGCAAGAAGGAAGCAGUUGGCUGACAUUGCGUAUACCUACCGACAUGGACAGCCCAUCCCUCGAGUGGAAUACACAGAAGAAGAAAAGAAAACCUGGGGAACGGUGUUCAGGACCCUGAAGUCCUUGUACAAAACCCACGCUUGCUACGAACACAAUCACAUUUUCCCACUACUGGAAAAGUACUGCGGCUUCCGGGAAGAUAACAUUCCGCAACUAGAAGAUGUCUCUCAAUUUCUACAGACUUGCACUGGUUUCCGGCUCCGGCCUGUAGCUGGCCUGCUUUCCUCUAGAGAUUUCUUGGGUGGACUGGCCUUCCGAGUCUUCCACUGCACACAGUACAUCAGGCACAGCUCCAAACCCAUGUACACGCCUGAACCUGACAUCUGCCAUGAACUGCUGGGACAUGUACCUUUGUUUUCAGACCGUAACUUUGCCCAGUUUUCCCAGGAAAUUGGCCUUGCCUCUCUGGGUGCGCCUGACGAAUACAUUGAGAAGCUUGCCACGAUUUAUUGGUUCACUGUGGAGUUUGGGCUCUGCAAGGAAGGAGACUCCAUAAAGGCAUACGGUGCUGGGCUCCUAUCAUCUUUUGGUGAAUUACAGUACUGUUUAUCAGAUAAGCCGAAGCUCUUCCCCCUGGAACUGGAGAAGACAGCUACCCAGGAGUACAGUAUCACAGAUUUCCAGCCUGUGUAUUAUGUGGCUGAAAGCUUCAGUGAUGCCAAGGAAAAAGUGAGGAACUUUGCUGCCACGAUCCCUCGUCCCUUCUCGGUGCGUUAUGAUCCUUACACUCAAAGGAUUGAGGUCUUGGAUAAUGCCCAACAGCUUAAGAUUUUGGCAGACUCCAUCAAUGGUGAAGUUGGAAUACUUUGCAGUGCCCUGCAGAAAAUCAAGUGA